GCCACCCGUAGAAGACAACCAAACCCUGCUGACUCCGGUGGUGAGCUGUGGCCCACCAGGAGCCCUGCUAACCCGGCCUGUCAUUUUAACCAUGCACCACUGCGCAGAGCCGAACACGGAGGACUGGCAGAUCCAGCUGAAGCACCAGACUGCCCAGGGACCAUGGGAGGAUGUGGUGGUGGUUGGGGAGGAAAACUUCACUACUCCGUGCUAUAUCCAGCUGGACCCAGAGGCCUGCCAUAUCCUGACAGAAACCCUCAGCACGUAUGCCUUGGUGGGACAGUCAAUCACCAAAGCAGCAGCCAAACGUCUCAAACUGGCCAUCUUUGGACCGCUGUCCUGCUCUUCGCUGGAGUACAGCAUCCGGGUCUACUGCCUCGAUGACACGCAGGAUGCCCUUAAGGAGGUCCUCCAGCUUGAGCGGCAGAUGGGCGGGCAGCUUUUGGAGGAGCCCAAAGCUUUGAAUUUUAAGGGAAGCAGCCACAACCUUCGCCUGUCCAUUCAUGACAUCACCCAUUCUCUCUGGAAGAGCAAACUGCUGGCUAAAUACCAGGAGAUUCCCUUUUACCACAUCUGGAGUGGAUGCCAGAGAAACCUGCACUGCACCUUCACGCUGGAAAGGUUCAGCCUGAAUACCCUGGAGUUGGUGUGCAAACUCUGCGUGCGGCAGGUCGAAGGAGAAGGGCAAAUCUUCCAGCUCAACUGCUCCGUCUCAGAGGAACCUGCUGGCGUCGACUAUCCUCCUAUGGACUCAGCAGGCACCAUCACCACCAUAGUAGGGCCCAGUGCUUUCAGCAUCCCCCUCCCGAUAAGGCAGAAGCUGUGCAGCAGCCUGGAUGCGCCCCAGACCCGAGGCCACGACUGGAGGAUGCUGGCCCACAAGCUCAAACUGGACAGGUACCUAAAUUAUUUUGCUACGAAAUCGAGUCCCACCGGGGUGAUCCUGGAUCUCUGGGAAGCCCAGAAUUUCCCUGACGGCAACCUGAGCAUGCUGGCAGCAGUUCUGGAAGAAAUGGGAAGACACGAAACCGUUGUUUCUUUGGCAGCAGAAGGAAAUUACUGACGCAGCCUUGGCGUGAACAGGGAGGACAGGCACAGGGAGCGGUAAUGCCCUGUUAUUACAAGUGAGAAUUGAAAUGAAAACCCAGACCAAUGAGUUGCACGAGAGACAUUUCAGAGAAGAAAGCAAGCAAACAAACAAACAAAAAAACCAACCCCAGCCCUGACCUUCACACGUGCUCUCCUUGUACAUUAUCACACGAUCUAAAAGAAAUCAUGCAAAGUUGUACCUUGAAAAUAUAAAUCCAACCUAAUGUUCCUCUCAGCUUGGCUGUACACUGCUUGGUACAGGAUUUUACAGUUUCCUAGGAAACGCUUUUUAUUGCUAUCCAGAUAUAUGGAUAAACUUUCUUAACGGUCCCAGUUUCUAUGGAUGUUGUUUACAUCAAAUUCUGGACAGGGGUAAGGAGACUGUCCAUGGCUCUUUAUAUUUUUUGUUUAAAGCCAUUCUAGACAAGGCUAUGGACAGUUGGUUGUGGCUAUUUCAGCUUAUUGGUUUCUGGUGAAUUCAGAUUUUUGGCUACAAUUCUGCACAUCGAUUGUCUCACAAUGAUCCUCCUGUCAUUGUUCUGUUUCCUAGACCUACUUGUAAAAAAAAAACCACAAAACCAACACAAGAAAAUCAGAGUUUCAGAGGUGUGCAUCUGGAAAGCAGAUACUCUGGGUGCUAAGCAGGAACACACAUAAUGUCCCCUUCCUUCCCCGAUCAAGUGCCACUGAGCUU